CCUCCUCCCCCAUCUCCGUCCGCUUCCUGUUGCUGCUGUUGCUGUAGCUGCUGUAGCUGUAGCAGCAGCAGCAGCUGUAUGAGAGCGGGUUUCUCCGGCGUUUCCCGAGGGAACGCGAACUCGGGCAGCGGCAGCAGCAGCAGCAGCUCCGAUCCCGCGCUCGCCGGGCUCAGCGAUUCCUCCUCCUCGCCGCCGUCGCUGUGAUGAGCGGCUCGCUCGCUCGCUGCCUCCUGCUCCUCCUGCUCCCCCUGCUCCUGCCGCUGCUCCCCCUCCUCUCGCCUUUGUGCGCCGCUCCGUCACCGAGGCGCGGACCGAGCGCCACGGAGCGCGUCCAUCCUCGCGGCUGACGCCGCCCGCCCCUUGCCGCCCCUUGCCGCCAGACGCCGCGGUGUGCGCUGCGAACCUCAGCCGGGCGAUGUCUUCUCCCUUUCUCCCUCAUCCUCAUCCUCCUCCUCCUCCUCGCCGUCGGCCCGCUCCUCGUGGCGAUCUGCAGCGCGUCCGCGCGUUCCUCUGACGACGCGCGGCGGCUUUGUGAUAAAAUAUUUUUGUAAAACAUAGAGAGCGAGAGAGAAAGGGUGAGGCACGGGGAGCGAGAGGAGGACGAAAUCGAGAGGCGUCGGUGAGAGCGUCUUCAUAGAGGGCGGGGAUCACGCACGAGUUGGCAUCCUCGAGAUAUUGGGGAUUUAACAACAAGGGGGGAAAAAACGCACAAAGGCGCGCCCCGAUUGAAGAGUCGCUCUUGAUGAUGGUCAGCGUGCACACUCGCCAGCAGCAGCAGCAGGAGCAGCAGCAGCAGGAGCAGCAGCAGGAGGAGCAGCAGCAGCAGGAGGAGCAACAAGAGGCACAGAGGCAUCGCCACGAGCGCCGCAGGCGGCAGUGGGUGGUGGGGAAGGCUGCCAUGGAGGGAGGCCUCCCGUCGGCGCUGUGGCGAGCGGCUCUCCUCGUGGGCGCGCUGGUCGCGGUGGCCGAGGCGCAGGGCGGACGCGGCUCCUCGUCCCCCGGCUGCAGGGGCAAGGGCAAGCACGGCAACUGCGCAGACUACAACGAGCGGGAGGGGGGUGCGGAGCUGUCGUCGUGCGACGACUCGUCGUGCCGCUUCGGCGGCGUCUGCGCCGAAGUGGGAGACGCCGUCGCCUGCGUGUGCAGCGCCUUCCAGUGCUCCACGGAGUACUCCCCGGUGUGCGGCUCCAAUGGAGACACGUACCAGAGUGAUUGCUUCAUGCGCCAGGCGGCCUGCAAGCGCCAGGAGGACAUCAGCGCCGCCACGGAUGGGCCCUGCUAUGCCGUGGAGACCGGAUCUGGAUCGGCGGACGGAGAUGCGGAGGGCUCGGGCCGCGGCUCCACUCGCCGCACCGGCAGCUGCUCACGGUGCCGCUUCGGAGCCGAGUGCGAUGACGACGCCGAGGACGUGGGCUGCGUGUGCAACAUCGACUGCACGGGCCACAACUACAACCCGGUGUGCGCGUCGGACGGCAACUCGUACGACAACCCUUGCCUGGUGCGCGAGGCGUCCUGCAUGCGCCAGGAGCUCAUCGAGGUCAAGUACCUGGGCCGCUGCCAGGUGGAGACGCCAGUGAGGAAGCUGGAUGAGAACCAUCGAUACAACCCCGAAGUGAAAGGCAACAAAGACGAGCGGAAGGAGGAGGUCUACAAGAGCCCCCAGGCGCCGUGUCCGGACAAGUUCAAGGAGUACUGCACGCACGGGAAGUGCGAGUACACGUACUCCCUGCGGGAGGCCACCUGCCAGUGUGACUCGGGCUACACGGGCCACCGCUGCGACAAGGAGCUCAACAUCCUGUACGUGAUUCCCAGCGGAGAGAAGCUGCACUACGUCCUCAUCGCAGCCAUAGUGGGCGCCGUGCAGAUCGCCAUCAUCAUCGCCAUCGUCAUCUGCAUCGUCCGGCAAUGCGGGAAGCGCAAGCGGGGACGGCCGCAGAAGCACAGCCUGGGCCACUUCAACUCGGACUGCGGCACCACCGCCUCCUCGCUCAUGAUCUGACGCCGCCGACGCCUCGAGCCAUCUCAACGACCCGACAAUAAUUUUUAAUAUUUUACAUUUUUGUUGGGGCUGGGGGCGGGUGG